GGGUGUUCGCCAUUCUAUCGGGAUGCCCUCUCCUUACACUAUUUCUUUUUUCAGCCAAAUCUUUCUUUCUCCUCUUUUCUAUCUCUUGAUGUACAUCCCCAUUGCUUUCCUCGGUAUACUAGCGGCCGCCGUCCCUUUCGCCACGAGUUCAAUGUUCACAUAUGGUAUGGAUUGCCAUACAACACACGCAGCACAAGCAUUCGUGACGAUGAACUUUAUCAAAGCCCUGCUAUCUCUUGUUAUGAGCCACUUUGUCAAUGGAUGGUUUGAGCAAGUCGGACCCAAAUCAGUCUUCAACGUUGUUGCGAAUACGAAACUCACCGUUUCUAGCUUCUCGCCCCCGUUGUAAAUUUUCGGAAAGAGGCUGCGAAAGAAGACUGUGCGGAGUGCUUUUCAUCAAAAAUUCUAGAUGGUGUAUCUAUU